AUGGCGUGUUUUACUGGUCAGUUUUGUGAAGUAGAUGUUGCUGCUUGCCUCUCGCAACCGUGUGGGGCCUCCAGUAUCUGCAAAGACAUGUCUGACGGCUAUGUUUGUUUCUGUGCACCUGGUUUUAUAGGUAAUAACUGUGAGAUUGAGGUGGAUGAGUGUCUUAGUGACCCUUGUCACAGUGGAGCCACUUGCAUUGAUCAUCUGAACGGCUUCAGUUGCAUCUGUGAGGAUGGAUUUCAAGGUACAACUUGUGAAACAAAUAUAAACGAAUGUCGCUCUUCUCCAUGUCUUCAUAAUGCAACGUGUGCAGACCAUAUUGGUGGCUAUGAAUGUAUCUGUCUAUCUGGCUUUACUGGUGCAAGAUGUGAAACAGAUAUAGAUGAGUGUGCUUCGUUUCCCUGUAAGAAUGGAGCCACCUGCAUUGACCAACCGGGUAAUUACUUCUGCCAAUGUAUGGCUCCAUUUAAAGACAAAAACUGCUCCACAGAUAUUGAUGAAUGUGCCUUCAAGCCCUGCCAAAAUGGAGGCCAUUGCCACAAUUUGAUUGGUGAAUUUUACUGUAGCUGUUUGCCAGGUAAGAAGUCGGGUGUUAUUUUGUCACCGAAGACUUCACCUGACCACGACUUUUCAAAUAUCAUUGAGAGUGACUUGGUGACUACAUCAGCCAAUUCCCUCGGGACUCUGGGAUGCAUUGGGACAUAUGGAUUUAUUGAUGAUCAGGUUCCUUAG